AUGCCGUCUAUUCACUGGCGAAAGCGGCCGUUGGCAGUAGCGUUGAGCUGUAUCGCCGUGUUUUCGGUUGCGAUCAUCCUUCUGCUCAGGAGUACCGGCACAAACAUCGAUCCCAAGCGAUUCGCACAUGACGUCUUUCACGGAAAGCGUGCAAAGGCUGCGCUGAUCUCCCUGGUGAGAAAUUCGGAGAUUGAUCAGUUGAAGCAGUCCAUGACGGAACUUGAAGCGGUGUUCAAUCACAAGUUCAACUACCCAUGGAUCUUCUUUAAUGAUGAGCCAUUCGAUGAGAACUUUAAGAAGGUUACCAGGGAGUUGACGAACGCGGAAAUCCAAUACGAGCAAAUCCCCAAGGAGCACUGGGAGGUCCCAUCAUGGAUCAACAAGGACCUAAUGUACGCAUCCUUCGACAAACUAGCAUCCGAGAACGUCCAAUACUCAAAGAUGCUUUCCUACCACCAGAUGUGCCGCUGGAACUCCGGCAUGUUCUACAAACACCCAGCACUGGACGAUUACAAAUGGUACUGGCGCGUCGAGCCCAACGUCCAUUUCUACUGUGAUAUCGACUACGACGUCUUCCGCUUCAUGGAGAAGAACAACAAGACAUAUGGGUUUACGAUCAACCUGUACGACUCACCUCAAUCCCUUCCAACGCUCUGGCCAACGACAGAGGAGUACAUCGACGCACACCCGGAAUACCUCGCGCCAGAUAACAGCAUGGAAUGGCUGACGGAUGCGACAAACAGACCUCAUCACAACUUCCUGGCACACGGAUAUUCCGCCUGCCACUUCUGGUCUAACUUCGAAAUCGCCGACCUCGAUUUCUGGCGAGGCGAUGCAUACGACAAAUACUUCGAAUACCUCGACAAAUCCGGAGGGUUCUUCUACGAGCGAUGGGGAGAUGCGCCAGUACACAGUAUUGGUGUAGGAUUGUUCGCGGACAAGAGUCAGGUACAUUACUUCGACGAUAUCGGAUACAACCACGUCCCUUUCGUCAACUGCCCUGACCUACCUGGAAAGUGUAGGGGAUGUGAACCAAAUGAGUUCUUCCGCGGUGUUGGAUUGGAAAAGGAAAACUGCAUGCCUGUGUGGAACAAAAUGAUGGAAAAGGCGAACUAG